AUGGGACUUCAAAUUUCGCGAAGUAGCAGACCGAAAACACGCGGAAGAAAAAGGAAUCCACGUGGGAAAGGUAUGCAUGGGGUGAUUGGGACUGCUGAUAAAAACGAGUUGUUGUUAACUGUCAUAAUGGAGUUUCCAAAAAUAUCCGAAAGUAUAUAUCAAUAUAACGAGACAUUGAACUUGUCCAGAAGCGAAACUUUCCUGCUCUUGAAAGAAGAUUUGCUUGUUUGUCCUGUCACUGUAAAACUUGCGUUGGUGACGGCUGGAUUGUAUGCGGUAUCCCACCAGUUGACUUAUAUAUCUAAAACUAAUGCAACAGUACCACUGAAGAGGAGCGUCGCAUCACAAGUGCACAUCAGUGAAGAUAUGCUCCGUCUCGCCGAAGUGUUGCAUGUCUUGGGCUCAGGGUCUUCAUCCACGCAGUAUGCCUUUCAUUCUGUCAGUGUGGAUAACGGAAAAGGCUUAGUUAAAUCAGAUUCGCUCGACACCCAUACAGAACUCAUUCCAGUAUGUAAAUCCGUGAACUUUGAUCAUCAGGCUGCAUAUCGACCAGGUUCACAAUGCUUCUGUGUACACAAAGACUACCAAGUCACAAACCCUCCUCAGAGUGUAGCUGUGAUCGGAGACGGGGCUGCCAGUUUCGAAUUUUCUGAAUGUCAGCCAGUGGGUGAUUACGAGGAAACGAUACUUCCGGCGAGUACCAGCCUAGGAAAAGGAGCCCCAGCUAUAGUUUACCAACUCCAGCUGAAGUUGACAGAAAGUCCUGUGGCUCGUUUGUUAUUUCUGGAGCUGUACGGCGUAGAUAUAAGAAGCUUGACAGAAGAUCAAUUUGCCGAAUGGGCAGAGGUAGCGGAUCUGCCUGAAACUGCCUCAAUGUACCGAGAUUUUCGUCAUGAUGUGGACCAUUAUGCCAUUAAAUGUCAUUUGACGAGCGUGGAAGACAGAUUCAACGUUAGGUUGAUUCUAGGCGAUUGCCAUGAUCUCCAUAGUGGUUCCGAUUCAGCCUCUUAUGUACGUGAUCUAUUCAUCUACGGAGAAUCGCCUCAGAAAAUCGCCUUGGCAACUAGCUACUUCGCUGCCACUCUGAAUAAAGUGAGAAAAGAUCAAAUUCUACUCCCUGAUGGUCAGUUAUUCUGUCUAUCCUCAGAUGGGGAGCUUUUACAGUGGAUUACACCCAAACUGCCCGAAGCGUCUGACUGCGUUCUGCUUAGCCUGCGUAAGAAGGUGACAGUCAAGAGGAGCGGGGAACUGGAGAAUGAGGGCAGAUUUUCCGUUUCUUAUCAGCUUCCUCAACAAUAA